AAAAAAAAAAAAACAUAGCGAAAAGCAGAGAAACGAAUUCAAGUCUGAUUUUGCAAAGAUUAAGAAUAUCUAAGAUUAGCAGCUAAGUGGAUGAGUGGUAAGAAAAGGAAUACUCCGUGUCUUUAUUACCAAAGGGGCAAUUGCAAGUUUGGUAACUCGUGUAACUUUCAGCAUAUAAAGAAAAACGAAAGAUCAGAUGGGUUUGGUAAUCAAAACGCUGCCAGUGGAUUUGGAGCAGGAAUGAAUUCAUCGGGGCAGGGGUUUGGUGCUUCUGGGUUUGCGUCUUCUGGUGGUUUUGGAUCAGGUAACGCAAAUAGCGGUGGAGCCUUUGGAAAUCAAGGUUUUGGAAGUGCUAAUGCUGGAGGUGGUUUUGGAAGUGCUAGUACUGGAGGAGGAUUUGGAAGUGCUAGUACUGGAGGUGGUUUCGGUGGCUCGGGUUUUGGGAGUGCAGGUUUUAGAGGGGCUAAUUCCCUGAAUACUGGGGCUGGUUUUGGGAGUCAAGGUUUUGGCCCUAAUUCUCUGAGUGCUGGAGGCGCUUUCGGAAGCCAAACUUUCGGAAGUGCUAAUACUGGAGGAGGUUUUGGUAGCACAGGCUUUGGGGGUGCUAGUUCCCUGAAUACAGGAGGUGUCUUUGGAAAUACCAGUUUUGGGAGUGCUGGUAACUCUGCUCCCUUUGGUGCAAAUAGUGCUACUGGGAACAGUGGGCCCUUUGGUUCUUCUAAUAAUGGUCAGUCUGGAUUUGGAAAUGCAUCCACCUCACUGGGAUCUGUAUUCGGCACAAACCCUGGUACUAAUACUUCGCUGGCCUUUGGUGUUAAGACCCAAGAUAACCCAUUCGCAACUAGUUCUAAUCCACAAUCUGCAUUUGGAGGGUUCUCUUCUCAGAACAACGCUAACUCCUCUUCUGCUUUUGGUCAAGCUCAAGCAUCCAGUUCAAGUCCUUUUGGGCAACUGCAACCCGCUAAACCUAGUCCUUUUGGCCAAUCUCAGUCUGCCAAACCAAGUCCGUUUGGUCAAUCGCAACCGGCCAGUUCUAGUUCCUUCGGCCAAGCCAGUACUACUCCUCCUUUCGGUAGUACCUCAUUCGGUCAAUCAAAACCUGCCCAACAAAGUGGAUUUGGUGCAUCUUCUGUUCAAUCCAAUAAUCCACCUUCAUCUGCAUUUGGGUCCUCUAACCCUGCCGGCUUUUCGGGUUUUGGUACCGGGAGCCAAAAUAAUAAUGCCUUCCAGCUGUCUGGGAAGCAUACAUCACAAUCAUUGGGUUCAUCUGAAAACUCAAAUGAAAUAACAGAUCCUUCACUCAGUGAAUACGAUCCCGAAAUUUCAAAAGCUUUCAAUGCUCCAAACUUUGAGUUGGGUAAGAUCCCCGAAGUAAUUCCCCCAGCAGCCUUCUGCUAGCAUUCUGUUUCUGUAUUUAUAUAUUUGUAUAGUAGGUUAUUUAGUUUAAUGUGAUUAUGUCUAACGGAAA